UCUGAAGCUCAGGAGCUGACUAUUGUGAGGAUGUGUAAGUUUGGAGGAGGCAUCGGAGCUCCCAGUAAAGAAGAGAGGCUGAAAGAAGCAGCAGACAUCCAUCUGAGACUGGGACAGAUUCAACGAUACUGUGAAUUAAUGGUGGAGCUGGGACAGUGGGAGAAAGCAUUGUCUGUGGCUCCAGGAGUUUCCAUGAAGUACUGGAAGAAGCUCAUGCAGAGGAGAGCUGACCAGCUGAUGGCCGAGGAUAAUGAUGAUGCUAUCCCAUACUGCAUCGCCACAGGAGACAUAAAAAAACUUGUAACUUUCUUCACUGGCAGAGGACAAUUGCAAGAGGCCUUACUAAUAGCACAGGGUGCAUGUGAAGGGAACAUUCGUGGACCACAAAGCUCCCCAGUCAACCACACAACUAAUGAUAUGGAUAACAUACAACAAUACCAGAGCCUCCUGCAUAAGGUCUGUAAGGAAUUAGCUGAAUGGUACUUCCAGAACGGAUACUGUGUCCGGGCAGCAUGUUGUCAGCUUGCUGUGGAAAACAUCAAGCUAGCCAUGUGUAGCCUGAUCCGGGGUAAUGAGCUGGAGUUGGCUGCAUGUGUGGGCAUUGUCUUAGGAGACAGAGCCAAUCAGAGCACUGUGUACUGCCUUGAGCUGUUGGCCAGGAAGUACAUGACCACACCUAAAUGGGAGCUCUCCGCUGACUUACUGCAAAUGAUUCCUGACAAUAACAUCUUACUGGCUAAGCUCUGUGCAUUUUACCCAGGGAGUGCUGCUGAAAUCAACAUAUUACAUGGGAAGUGCGGCCUCCCUUCAGUUGAGGAGUGUAAGGCCUUGGCAAAGGAAGCUAUGAGUGAAGGAGAUUUGUUUUCAGCGGUUAAAUUUCACCUGCUCAGCUCUGAACCUGACAAUGCACUUCGGAUAGGGAUUGAUCAUAUCAAAGAACAGCUGAGUGGAUCUGAUUGGAAGGUGGAUAGCAUUCAGCCAAUACUUGACCUGAUGAGUUACAUCAGAACAGAUCGCCUCAUCAUGGCGAAGUUGACAGAAGUCCGCAGUGAGCUGUUGAUCCUGUGUGGUUAUAUUGGAGGUUUGCUCGCCAUCAGAAGACAAUACUCCAGCAUCGUACCUGCACUCUACGAAUACACCAGUCAGCUGUUGAAACGGAGGGAGGUGUGUGUUCCUCUGAAGAUUGAAAAGUUGUCUUUGGAACUUGAUGCCUGGCGAGCCUGCACACAAAGUAACAGCAAUCCUCCAUCAGAGUGUCAAAGAGCGGAGUUUAAUUGCCUGGAAAGGAGAAUCCAGCCAAUAGACUCUGCUGCAUUAGUCCUGUGUGGAGCUGAUUAUGUGACAGGUUCCAGUCUGCCGAGCCACUCUGAUGUUCAACUGUCCUGUUUCACAGGGCAGAGAAUACAGGGUCCAGUGUUUUUGUUGGAAGAUGGCAAAUCAGCAAUCUCCCUUAAUGAUGCACUUAUGUGGGCAAAAGUCAAUCCAUUCUCCCCACUGGGAACAGGACUCCGCAUCAACCCCUUUUAGCUCAUACAGACGACAUUACAGGGAAACGUUUACAGACUGGAAGGAAGGAAAAUAAGAUGAAGUGUGGAGGCGGAAAAGAAAAUUAAAAUGAUGGAAAAUUAAAUUAUUUUUACAUCAGUUAAGCAGCUAACUUUAUUUUAGAAUUGACCGGGUCUAAAAACAUGGUGACAUCAACAAACAAUUAUUUUGUGAGGAUCAUUCUGUUUUCAACAAGCUUGUGGUUCAAUGUAUGAGUAUCUGUAUACAGGGUAUAAAUCUGAAGCACUGUCUUCUCUUGUUGUAAAUGUUAUAUAAUGGAA